AUGGAGAAAAUCUACUCUGUCAUCAUGGGUCUCCCUACAGAGCCUUCGCCCUCUGUGUCAAUUAAAGACUCGUCUUUCAUACCAGACGUCACCCUUGACGAUGCGAUUGGACAACUCAACAGUCCACACGCCAAAGUCUUGUUAGACACUAUCGACAGCUUGCGCGAACUGCGAGUGGGCGAAAUCGUCCAGUUGCCUCAAAUAAUUGUGGUUGGCGAUCAGUCUUCCGGUAAAAGUUCCGUACUUGAGGCUGUUUCUGGAAUGAAGUUCCCAGUCCAUGGAAAUUUGUGUACGCGGUUUGCCACAGAACUCAUUCUGCGAAGAGAUCGAGACAUCAAAGUCACUGUCAGCAUCCAAAAAGCCACGCAGGCAGAGUCUACUCCUUUUCACAGAACCAGCUUCAACAGAGAUGCCCUGCCGGAUAUUAUUGAGGAAGCUCAAGAACGCAUGGGAAUUCGAACUGGAUCCAACGAGUUUUCCAAGGACACCCUCCGCGUGGUAAUUGCUGGACCUGAUGCACCUCAGCUUACCCUUGUCGAUCUUCCCGGCAUUUUUCACUCUGAGACCGCCGAGCAAAGCCUACAAGGCAAGGUGGUCGUCGAUGAGCUUGUUAAUAAGUACAUGCAAGAGAGGAAAAGCAUCAUACUAGUGGUUGUUGCAGCGAAUAAUCAACUGGCGAACCAGUCAGUGUUGAGCCUAGCCAAGCAACAUGACCCGCAAAGCAGUCGCAUCGUCGGCGUGAUCACAAAACCGGAUUUGGUGGAUGAUUCCGCUAACGAGAAAAAAUAUCUGGACCUAUGUAAAGGACUUGAGUCGACCCAUAAACUGCCACUCGGGUGGCAUGUCUUGCGCAACAGCUCCGAGAAGCAAAGGAACGAUGCCAAGCACAACAGAGAUCUCGAAGAGCAGCGCUUCUUCCAGACGACUGGUUGGGCUUCUGUCCCUUCUGCGAGCAGGGGGGUUGAGAGUCUGCGAAAUAAGCUCAGCAAAGUACUCUUAGAGCACAUCAGGGAAAGCCUGCCAGGCCUCAUCCGAGAGAUUGAGAAUAGUCUCAGAGCGCGUGAGGAGGAGCUGAAGCAGCUUGGGAAGUCUAGGUCCACUCCGCAAGAGAUGCGAUCAUUUUUGCUGGGAAUUGCUGAAGACUUCCGGCGUCUAUCUAGGGAUGCGGUUGAUGGAAGGUACGGUGACCCGUUCUUCGGCGAUCUGUCCUCAUGUGAUCGGAAGUUGCGAGCUCGCCUUCGACAGAUGAAUCACGCCUUUGAUGCCACCAUGUUGAGCAAGGGAGCUACUUACAGUUUCGACUGGGAGACUGGAAGCGACUCAUCCGAUAACGACGAAGACGGAGCUCCCGCUCAUCUACAGCUCCUGAUUGAGGACUACAGGAAGCAUUUCUCUGACCCUCUCUCAAUCACAAAGUUGGCCCUCACCCACGCCAGCAAAGCGUUCGUGGACCAACUCUUUGGAUAUGUUAUAGGAGCAGACCAUGACGCCAUCGAAGCCAUUCUGAAAGGAUGCGCGGAUCCCUUCUUUGAAGAGAAGGGAACUCUUCUCGAGGACAAGCUGCAAGAGAUCCUUCGACCAUACACGACCACUUAUGGCCUUCCACUUGAGAGGGAGUUCCGAACUGAAACUUCGAAGAGAACCUUGCUGCGCAACUCUCAUCGAUUCGUCGAAACUUUGCAGAGGGAGCGCCCCGAUCUCUUCCAUCAAGAGAGCGGAUUUGAUCCUAAAACGAUCUUGCAGAGUGUGAUCAACGCAGAGAAAUUGACUAAAGGUGAUUACGGUACAGAGCAGAUCAUUCAUAUGAUAGUGGUUCAUUAUGAAAUGUCGCGUCGCACUUUCAUCGAGAAUGUACUCAACCUUGCGGUGGAGAACUGCCUCAUAGACCACAUCCCAAGCAUUCUGACACCGAUUCAACCACACCGGAGCGACAAGGGCAGCCUACUCGAGCAAUUGAAUAUUAGUGGUCAAGCCGCACCGCAGUUCCGACUGUCCACGCCCAACACGCAUGCAUCAUCCUCCUUCGGGGGCGUCUUGGCAACUCCAAGCCCGUUUUCAAAUAAUUCCACGGCUUCGACAUCAUUGACCACACCAGACUUUUGGGCAAAUAAUGACCCAUCAACUUCGAGUUCAAUCACCAAUGGCGCAGGAGACAGUCAUUCAGUCAAAGGGGGCCUUUUCGGUCCUAAAUCUAUCUCCCCGAGGUCUUUUCCCGUGAAUGGUGGCGGAUCUGGGACAACUGCUCUAUCUUCAACCCAGGCCGUAGGCUCUGACAUGUAG